ACCCAGGAAACAAAGUAGUUUUAAAAUGGCCGAUCAGGAUUGUGUUGCAAAAAAUUAAAAGGAUGAAUAGUUAAACCAGACUCUAGUCACCGUCAUUAUGUCAAAUCUCUACCCUGGUGUGGUGUUUCCAAAUUCUGGCUUAAACAGGAAAUCAACUCCAGUCAAACUCACCACAACACCAUCAGAGAUUGACCUUAAAUUAGGAAGGGGUGCCUUCAAUGGUCGACCAUGGCCAAAACCUAGUCCUGUGUCCACAGUGUAUGACGUCAGUAACAGCAGCACCAGACUGAUUCUCCUCAACAAUAAACUUUCUAAGGGGUCAAGACUCAGAGGUCAGACUGAUUAUUCAGGAAACAUCAACCAACCAUCUCCAGAAAGACAUUCUUCUGCAGGUUGUCGCAGCUCCAGCAAGCCUCGUCACAAAGGUUGCACUGCCUCAGAGCCUGAGAGGUUUGUUCCAUCUAUCCACACAAACACAAGCUCCACCCCAGCCUGGGUCUCUCGGUCAGAUCGACCAGCCAAAAGUGCUGAAACUGGUCAUGGGGCCAACUCCAGGUAUCACACAGACUGUAAGGACACCUUUGAUUACAACAUCAUCAGAAUCUACUCUGCCCUCCAACAACCCCGGAGGUUAGCCAGUGGAGGGAGGGAGAAGAGGAGGGCCCUCUCUCCUGUGUUACAGGACCCCUCCCUCAAGCCUGCAGACAGGAGAUACCUCUCCCAGAUAGCUCAGGUGUACAGUGUGGAGGAAAUGAGGAAGAGAAAGAUACAGCAGUACCAAUGGCUCAUGUGGAAGGAAUACUGCAAAGGAAAUUUUCCAGCAAGUGAGAGAAAGAAGUAUGAAAGUUACUUCAAUCACCCAAGAAAUACACAGCUAGGAGUUUUUGACCCUUCGCAACAGAAGAGUACUUCUGCACCAGGAAGUUCAAGAUCUAGUACAAGAAGGUCAAAUGAUAAGGAAGAUAAAGGCCACUCAAGGGUGCGUAAAAGUAAGUCAGCUACAUCUAGGAGUCCUUCACCUGGUAAGAAAAGUCAGAAAAAUAAAAAGAAGAAAUUGUCAGAAAAAAGCAAAAAGUCAGAUAAGAAAAAAACAGAGCAAACGAGUCAAAGGGCAGAGGUCACAAGAGACCAAAGCAGUCACAGUGAAGCAAGUGAUGUAGAAGAUGAGGCCACUAAAAAUGAAAGGAGAAAAAGUAGUUCCUCAUCUGCUUCAUCUUCUUCCACUGAGACAGGAAGUGGUGAUGAGGCAAAGACAGAAACAGUAAAUGAAAUGGUGGAAAGUGAUAGAAAAGAAAAGAAGAAGAAGAAAAUCUCCAAAAACAAGAAAUCUGAAAGUGAGGAAGAAAUGGAACAAAGUGAAGAAUUAAAACAAAAAUCUUCCACCCCGUCUUCAUCAGAGUGCAGUGAAGGGGAGACAAAGAGAGAAAACAGAGAGAAGGAUAAAAAGAAGAAAAUCUCUAAAAACAAGAAAUCUGAAAGUGAGGAAGAUACGGAACAAAAUGAAGAAUUAAAACAAAAAUCAUCCCCUUCAUCUUCAUCAGAGUGCAGUGAAGGGGAGACAAAGAGAGAGAACAGAGAGAAGGACAAAAAGAAGAAAAGAAAGAAAAGAAGAAAACAAAUUAUUUUGGCAGAUGCCGAUAGCAAAAGUGAAAGUAGUUUAAAAAGUAGAAAAGAAGAGUCAAAGAAUGUAAACAAACAGGAAGAAGGAAGUGGAGAAGUUGAGGGAGAAAACUCUGAUAAAGAGAAUGAAGAAAGCAGGAAGUCUCCAGAUGGUAGGUCAACAUCACUGUCCGACAGAUCAACAUCUUCAUCUGACAGAUCAGGCUCAGAUGUUGAUGGAUCAACAUCAUCUGUUGAUAGAUCAACAUCACCUACAACUAGGUCUAAAUCACCAGUUGAUAGAUCAACACCACUAGAUGAUAGACCAACAUCAUCAAUUGAUAGACCAACAUCACCAAUUGAUAGAUCAACAUCAUCAAUUGAUAGACCAACAUCACCAAUUGAUAGAUCAACAUUAUCAAUUGAUAGACCAACAUCACCAAUUGAUAGACCAACAUCACCAAUUGAUAGAUCAACAUCAUCAAUUGAUAGACCAACAUCACCAAUUGAUAGACCAACAUCACCAGUUGAUAGACCAACAUCGCCAAUUGACAGAUCAACACCGCUAGAUGACAAAAAGGAUGAGGAUGAUGAAAAAAAACAUCAUGAACACACAUCAUCGUCUUCAUCAUCCUCCAGUAGUGACAGCAGUGAUGAACAUUCGGAGACAGAAUCAGAACUAGAGACUGAAACUUAUACAGAACAUCAUCAAGAAACUAAGGUGGAUCUUGACAGUGAAAGAAAAGAAGAAAAAAGCAGUAGCUCUCAGAAUCUUCAAUCAGAAAGACCAUCUUCUGGACUGGAUGCAAUAAAUGGUAAUUCUGAAGGCCCAGAGAAAACUUCUACAGAUGCUGGUAAAUCUGGCCAGGUGACCAAUUUGGCACCUGAAAGUUCACAUGAGGCCAGGUUGUCCAACUCCCCCAGCGCAAGUCACUUUGACGACAGAGGGGAUUGUAUGAAUGACUUAGUUCAAGAUGGCAGUAAUAAAGAGGCCAAAGAGAUUUCUAUCAGUGAUAAAAUCCAGGGGGUCAGUUCCCUUGACUACAGUGCUACCAACACUGGUCACAAUGAUGAUGAGAAUAAAGAAAAUGAUGGAAAAGGUGAAGAUAAUAAUGAUGGUGAAACUUCAAAUGAUGAAAGUUCGAGUGAUGAAAGCUCAGAUGAUGAAAGUUCAAAUGAUGACGAAAGUUCAACCUUUCCUAUGGCAAAGUAGAGAUAAAAAAAAUAACUGAUGUGCCUGUUUAUUUAUUUAAAUUGUUUUUUAAAACUUACAAUAAUUUACCAAAUGCAUUCUUAAAAAAAUAAUCAUAAAUAAUAAUGAAAAAAACCAGAAGUUAUUGGAUAUUACACAUGGGUGGACAACUGGAAAAACAGAACUUGAUUAGCAAGAAAGAUAACCCAAUUUUUUUCUGCAAUAUUACUAGAACUGAAAUAAAAUCCUUGUUAAAAUUGUCAGAUCUACAAGUACCAAUAACAUUUUAUCUAAUAACUUCACUUAGUUGGGUAAAGAUAUAAAUAAUUUUAAAAUAAUUUUUUCAAAAUAAUUUUUU